GCCCAGGCGUUCCUGCCCUUGCUGAAGAAGGCUGCCCAGGGGAGCCCCCAACCAGGGCUGAGCUGCAGCAAGGCAGCCAUUGUCAAUAUGUCCAGUGAGGGUGGCUCCAUCACGAAUCUCUUUGCCUGGCAGUUGGGACAAGUUGUCUCUUAUCGGUGCAGCAAGGCUGCUCUGAACAUGCUCACCAAGUGCCAAUCCUUGGGGUAUGAAGGAGACGGGAUCCUGAGCAUCGCUGUCCAUCCUGGCUGGGUGCAGACUGACAUGGGGAGCUCAGCCUCCCACCAGGCUCCACUGACGGUGGAGGUGAGUGUCCAAGGGAUCCUGAACGUGCUUUCAACACUCUCCAAGAAGGACAACGGGGCCUUUGUGAGCUGGGAAGGGAAAGUUCUUCCCUGGUGAGACGUCCCCUGGCCACGCGACAGGAGCCCUGGGUCAGGUCAUUCCAGUGACCGCGCCGUCAGCCGUGCCUGUGUCCUCAAUAAACCCACUGUUCUAAUGUAACA